UAUUAUUUUAAUUUUAUAAAUAUAGAAGAUUACCUUUUUUUUUUUUUUUUUUGAACAAAUAUAGAAGAUUACUAAUAUUGCUUCAAAAAAGAAGAUUACUAAUACGAGUACAAUUUUCUUAUUUAAUUUCCAUUUCAUGUUCUUUUUAUUUUUGUUUACUGCUGCAACAUACCAUUAGACACCCAUAAAGCAAGGGCUCUGCUGCAAAGCGCCAUUUUUGUGCGCCUCAAAUCUCUCUCCUUUCUUUUCUCUCUAGAUUGGAAAAAUCUAAGCCUAAACCCAAAUCAAGCGAAAAUUUACGAUCUUUUGACUCAUCUUUACCUUGCAUAAAAAGGAAGAAUAUAAUCUUACCCAGUUUAAAGAGGCGGUGUGCAGCAUAACUUAUCAUUUGUUCUGCGCUAUGAUGUGGUGAGACAGGCUGUUUGUGUGUUUGCAGAAAUGAAGGGAGGAACCAUCCAGAGAGGCAGGGGAAAACACUUCUCAUUUACUCUGUUGGCAGUUGUAUGUAUGACCGUAUUUCUUUGGUCUUAUGAACGAAGACCUGUUUUCACAAAUAUAAUAACGUCCCAAGAUCACUUGAUUUUACCAUCAGAUGUGUUUGACGUAGCUUCACACACCUCUGGAGAUCUCAACAAACUAGAAGAUCUCAACAAGCCAGUAGAUCUUAACAAAUCAGAAGAUCAACCUGUUCAAGAAUCUACACUUGUAAACAUAGAAACAGAGGAAACUACAGAGACGACAGAGCAACAUAUAUUUAAUAUUGAGAAUAAAGAAGAAAUAGAUGAUAAAAAAAAACCGCAGAUACCUGUUGUUGAGAAUACAGAGCCUUUGGCUGAAGAGUCUUCUGUGAUUAUAGAAGACGUCAGGGUUCCACAAGCCUCAACCGGGAAAAACUUUUCAUCUGGUAACAAAGUUUGUAACUAUGCAAAGGGUAGAUGGGUUGUUGAUAAAAGACGACCAUUGUAUUCUGGCUUUAAAUGUAAGCGCUGGCUAUCGGAUAUGUGGGCUUGUAGAUUAACACAACGCCCAGAAUUUGGUUAUGAAACUUAUAAAUGGCAACCAGCAAAUUGUGACAUGCCGGAGUUUGAAAGAUCUGCAUUUUUGAAAAGAAUGCAGGAUAAAACGAUUGCUUUUGUUGGCGAUUCCUUAGGCAGGCAACAAUUUCAGUCUCUCAUGUGUAUGGUUACUGGUGGUGAAGAUAUUCCUGAAGUUCAAGAUGCGGGAAAAGAGUAUGGCUUAAGUGCCCCACACGGUGCUGCUCGUCCGAAUGGCUGGGCCUUUCGAUUUCCGGAAACCAACACCACAAUACUAUACUACUGGUCAUCCUGCCUCUGUGACUUAGUGCCUCUGAACAGUAAUGACCCCGCCUCAGAAGUAGCUAUGCAUUUGGACCGUCCCCCGUCUUUCUUGAAGCAGUAUCUCCACCAGUUUGAUGUUUUGAUUCUUAAUACGGGCCAUCACUGGAACCGGGGUAAAGUAAAUGCAAAUCGAUGGGUGAUGUAUGUUGAUGGGAAACCUAAUCAGAACAGGAGGCUGGCGAUGAUCGGGAAUGCUAAGAAUUUAACAAUUCAUAGUGUUGCAAAAUGGGUUGAUUCACAGCUUCCUUCUCAUCCCAGGCUUAAGGCCUUUUUUCGGACAAUUUCACCCAGGCAUUUCUUCAAUGGGGAAUGGAAUACUGGGGGGAGCUGUGAGAACACAACUCCUUUGGCUCGAGGGAGUGAAGUAAGUCAAGAGGAGUCAAGUGAUCAGGUUAUUGCAAAUGCUGUUAAGGGCACAAAGGUGAAUUUGUUGGAUAUAACGGCUCUCUCUCAGCUGAGAGACGAGGGGCAUAUAUCAAGGUAUAGUGUAAAAGCAUCUUCUGGAGUACAAGAUUGCCUGCACUGGUGCCUACCUGGAAUUCCUGACACAUGGAAUGAAAUACUUGCUGCCCAGUUAUAGGUUGUUUCUCACCUCCCAUGUAAUCUUAAACUCCAUUUUAGUGAUAUCAGUGGCCAUGCAUGGCAUUUGACAACGCCAUUGUUUAUGUUUAUCACGUUAGAAAUUAGGGUGAAAUCUGUUGUUUAUAAGCUAGAGGAGAUUGCAUAAGUUGUUAAUUAGGUUAGGAAAGCUGUUACUUCCUAUAUAUUUAUCAUACCCUGAAAUUUCAGGUUGAUGUAUUUUCACAAUCAUUUCUAACAUUAUAAUGUCAUCUGAAAUUGAUGAUUUAUUGUCAAGUCUCA